AGGAAGAGGAAGUAAGCAAACCGGAAAAUCAAUCAAAUCUCGGAAAAGGCAAAAGUUCCAGUAGAGUUCAUGAAAGAUGAGCCGAAUCUAUCACAACACGUCUUUACAGAACAAACCAGUCCACAAUGACAAGUUUGACCGCGUGUGGUCUCCCUCCACGUAUGAAAGUGGCCCCGGGAUCCUGCUAGAGGGAAAGCUGCUGGAUGUUUCCAGACAUGCAAUCAUUGACGUCAGCGGUCAGAAGGCCCGUUUCCUUGUGCUGUACAUCAAACCCAGUCGCAUCCAUCAGAGGAGGUUUGAAAGCAGCGGGAAGGAGAUUGAGCCAAACUUCAGCGACACCAAAAAGGUCAACACUGGUUUCCUCAUGUCCUCCUACAAGGUGGAAGCUAAAGGGGAGUCAGACCGUCUGUCUGAGGAGCAGCUGUCGGAGCUCGUGAACAAAGCCGAGCUGCUGAAGAUAACUGACGCGCACCGACCCAGCGGGACCUGGGCCUUCUGGUACCCCGAGUCUGAGAUGGACAAAACAGAGCUGGAAACAGGACAGGACGUCCGGCUGAAGACCAGAGGAAACGGUCCUUUCAUAUUCUCCUUAGCCAAAGUGGACGGUGGCACGGUAACCAAGUGCAACUUUGCUGGGGACGAGAAGGCCGGAGCAUCAUGGACGGACAAGAUCAUGGCCAACAAAGCAGACGGAGCCAGCACUCAGAAGCCCGGAGAUGGAGAGGGAGCAGAGGAGGAUGAAUGGGAUGACUGAGGGAACCCAUCGCUCCCGCCGGCCUCAAGUGUUGGCUCUGUUCCAGCCUCCAGGUUGAACUGCUUCAACUUGGCUCCAUUCCUGUCUCUUUGUCUUCGGCAUGGACUGUGCGAUUCACUGGGGGACUGAACCUCUAACAUAUGGGGCCUGAGGGCUUGAAACCCUGCGUCAUUUCUACAGUAUGGAGUGAGACUCUUUCAGCACCACAGAGCAUAUCCGCCCGUUAGCUGUGCUGCAGACUGUAUAUUUGCAGCUGCUCCCUUCUCUUGCAUACUUUGGAUUAGAUCCUCAGGUUUACGACUGGAACUUGACCUCUGCACUUUCAUCCUCCCUUGGUUUAUUCUUCUACUGUUGCUUGUUUGUGACCAAGUGCAUAUGUAUGAUUGUUAGGUCCCUAUUGUUUUUUUCAGCACACUUGCUGGUUCUCCUACACGGAAGUUGAAAUCAUUUCUAGAGAGACACAUUGUACUUUGUGUAUUGGGUCGGUAGAUUGGUGUCCAGUGUGUUUUUAGGAAAUGCUUUUUGUCACCCGAGCAGCUUUAUGACACUAACAGACAGUUGUUUUUUAGGGAAACCCACAGAAAGAAGGAAAGAAAAGCCGUUACAGGCAAGAUCACACUUCAUCCAAGGGGCUGUUGUCACGCUGUGUUGUCUGUGUGUGAUUGGUAAACCAUUGUCUUAUUAAUUGUAUGUGAUGUAGGAGCUGCAUAUCAACUGACAAAACAUCAGUUACCUUUUGUAUUGUAAAGGCACUCAAAAAGAGCUUUUUUUUUUAUAGAGGCUAUUCAUCCUAGAGGCAUUUAUUCCUUUAUUCUCUAGUUAGUGACACACUGUGAAUGUCUGCUAAGUGGAGAACAUCAGUUGCUUUCGUUCACUUGCUCAUGGUGACGAUGGCAAACCAUACUGAUGAUAAUUUGGUACAUACAUGCACAUAAUCAGUCAUGGGCAUUUACUCAAGUACUGCUACUUUAUUCUUCCAUUCCACUCCAUUUUGGAGGCAAAUAUUAUAGUUUUUACUUCACUAAAUGUAUUUCGAUAACCUAAGUUACUAGUUACUUUGAGGAUUGCGUGCUGUGGCAGAGUGAUAGUAGCUCGAUUUUUAAAAUGAUCAACUUGAUCGGCGAUCUGAAAAAAAAAA